GCUCGACGAGGCUCGCGAUUUGUUGACCAGGAUCAUCGGGAUGGAGCCCGAGGACGGGACGUGGCGCGAGCGAAGGGCGCAGGUGCUCGUGGACCUGAAGCAGUUCCAGGCGGCGAUCGAGGACUUCGACGCGGCGGAAGGCCUGUACGACAAGGAUUACAAGUCGCUGGGUUUGUUGAGCAAUCGCGCUCUGGCGCGGGAGGGUCUGUCGGACUGGAGCGGAGCCGUUCGUGACUACACCGAGUGCAUCAACCUCUCGCGGGAGAUUGGCGGCGUGCCCCCGUACGUCCUUAACUCGCGCGGAAACGCGUUGUCAAGCCUUGGGCGAUACGACGAGGCCCUCGGCGACUACGAGGAAGCCGCCAAGACGUUCCAGGUGAUGCACAAUUUAUCCGGCGCAAUUUACGCGAGGAGUAACGCCGCUCUCACGCUCGCCGAGCUCGGUCGCGACGAGGAGGCGAUCCACGAGAUGGAGGCGGUGGCGCGGCGCGCGGCCGGGAGCAUCGACAUGCGCGCGGCGCUCGCGGCGAUGCACUGGAGCAGGGGCGAGGAGGACGAGGCAGAGCGGGACUGGAACUGGGCUUGCGAGAAGAUCAACUCGGGGGUUCUCACGGAGGGCGGUCCCGCGCUGGACGGUUGCGCCCUGUAUCGCGACAGCGAUUGGCUCGGGAGGAUCCGGCGGUGGCCGCCGUCGAUGGUGAGCAAGAUGGACGACUUUAUCCGGCUCAGGAAACCGAGCAACGCGUGAGCGAGCGGCGCGU